GCUGCACGCGAGCUGAGCUGACGCGAGUACGAGCGUUCGUUCGUCGGUUCCCAUUGUUUUUCGCCGUCCCGACCUCGACAUCUGCCUCGGCCUUGCGCGUCUGGGCCCGCAAAAACAGCGACGGUAGGUGCGACAUUGCGUCACGGAGGAUCGCACCAGGUGAUCGGAUGGGCCGUCGCUCACCGCGUCGAUGACGCUCCAUCUCCGUGCGGGAACGUGAUGCGCGCGAGGCAACAUCGCACCAGAACGUGAGGCACCGAGUGGUGUAACGCACGACGUCGCCCACCUCGGCGCCAAGAGGAAUCGCACGAGAACGAAGACGCUGCGAGCGGUUCGCCGUACCUGCGUGACGGAGCAGGUAAGCUCGGACGUAUGAAAGGUCGCGGCUGCGGCAAGAUCAAGAGCGAAACAAUGCCGCCGUCCUCGCACACCAACUGGACGAGGCCGUUGCUCAAGGGCGGACAGGCCAUGCAAAUGCAGAUCACGAGGCAGCAACACCAGCCGAUGACGACAACGGCGACGAUGAUGGCAAUUGCGACAACAACAUCGUCGACGGCUGUUAGUGCUGCAGCUGGAGCACAGAAUCAAAACGCGACGGAGCACCCCGCGACGCCGCUUGAUAGGAGGAUCAAAGUAGUUCUAGUGGGUGAUGGUGCAGUCGGUAAGACCAGCCUGGUGGUGUCGUACUCCACAAAUGGCUUCCCUGGUGAAUAUGUGCCAACCGCAUUUGAUAAUUAUAAUGUGGUCGUUAACGUUGAUGGACAACCAUUAAAUGUCCAGCUAUGUGACACAGCAGGACAGGACGAUUUCGAUCCUUUAAGAUCAUUGUGCUAUCCUGAAACAGAUGUGUUCCUAGUUUGCUUCAGUGUUGUAUGUCCAUCAUCUUACCAGAGUGUGACUUCUAGGUGGAUUAAUGAAGUACGAAAAUAUUGCCCCAAUGCUCCAAUCAUUUUGGUGGGGACAAAAAGCGAUUUAAGAUCGGAUGUGCGUUUGAUGCUACAACUAGCGAGAUACGGUCAGGCGCCGAUCACGACUAUCCAGGGUCAUCAAUUGGCGCAGAGGCUAGGCGCUGUUAAUUAUGUGGAGACGUCCGCGUUAACGCAGCACGACCUCAAAGAGGCCUUCGACCAGGCGAUAGUCAGUGCCCUCAAUACGCGGCGCGGAGGCGCCAGCUUAUUCUAUCGGCGUAGGAAGCCGCCCCCAUUGUGGCGCAGAUGGCUAUGCUGCUGGGAACGAUCGUCUUCGAGCGAGACCUAAACAACUCUAGAGUAAUGAACUCUGUACUUCUUUAGAAUCCCUCUGUGAUCAUAGGCGGUCGCUCUUCCCUGUCAGAAUCACACCUCUCUCUGGUAUCACGUACCCACGACAUAGGUUUUUUUGAAUUUUUAUUUUGAUAUGCGAGAGUGCAGAGAGAGAGAGUGCAGCUGAUACAUUGUUAUUGAGAUUUUAGGCAAACGGAUUGUUUCAAUAUAUGUAUAUACGAUUAUGGCAGCGAUCAAAGAGAAUAUAUCAAUAGAUAAUUUGAGAGUGGACGAAUUGACAUUGACACGAAUUUUUAAGUACAAUUAUUGCUCCAGUAGAGUUCGUUCAUCUCUACGGUUCUAACAUGGUGUUUUACGCGUUUUGCGUGCUAACUAAUAACUGCCCAGUAUACCAAUAUAUGAUGUGAGGUAGAAAAUAAUGUGUGCCAGUAAUAACGAUGCCUAAAUAAUUCUCUAAUGGACGUAAACUGUUCUUGACAAUUAUUCGAUGCUCGGCAGCAUUGUAGAAUUUGGUGCUUAAGAGUUGCUCGACACUUGCAUAGUAUCAAUAGAAGGAGAGAGAGGGAGAGACACUUGGUUGUAUGGGAGCAAACGUUAUAGUUCGAGUUGCAAUUCUGACAGACGGAGCAAAUGCCGCCCUUGUAAAAUUCCUGAAGCCGUACGUGGCAUAAUUUAUUGUAAUAUUAAUCGUAUUAACCAUUAUUUUUGUUACUAGUAUAGUAAUUGGCUACUCGUUGGUUGUGAUUUUUCGUACAUGUACGUAUAUGUCUGUUUUAACAGUCGUGAUAAAGAUCAGUUUUCUCCCAGUUCUCAUCCAGGGGAUAUUAGAUGGCCCCUUUUUGCGACCACGUGGCGUAUAUAACGAUUGUAUAUUUUUUACUUGUUGCAACAUCAUACAUAUACAAAUAUAUAUAUAUAUAUUUAUUUUUUAAUAUCUUUGAUAUAUCGGUAUUUUAGUAGAGUAACAGUAGCUUUAAUCGCCAUUUUCGCAAAGCGACGGUAAUCGUGUGACAUCACAUGUAUUUAGAAUUUAUACAAUACAAGUGACGCUGAUAAUGGAUGCAAUGAUAUUUCGUAUAAAAUAUAUGGUUUUUAUAUAUUAUAUAACAUAUGUGAUGUAGUAGUGUUUCUACAAGCGAAACAAUUAAUGAUAAGAGAAUAUCGUAUACAAUAAUUAGCGGGGAGAGUAGUAGAUGCGAAUAAACGCGAGUACUCGACGAUCUAUACGUACUUGAAGUCGAUAGAAAAGUUGCUGUGAUCUUAAUCGAAACUUUCUUCCGGUGAUUUUACUGUGUGUUGCAUAUGGAAUUGUACGAAUAAGACUGCAGGUAAAAUUCAAAAAUAGUAAUAAUGAUAUCUGCAUAAUAUCAUAGGCUUAAUUUACUAUAAUACUUUACUUUUAUCAUGUGGCACAUCAAAAAUAAAUUGUAUAUAAAUAAGUAUUUAUUCAUCAAAUUAAAA